CUGGGCUUCGCUCUGGUGCGAGAAGCAUUUGAAUAUUCAAAUUUCGAUUAUUUGGACAAUUGUUUAAACACGAGGAGGCAGUUUUCCUCAAGCGCUCAACCGAGGCGGUCGUCCAUCGCAAUCGCAUUUGGGAUCGCAAGAGCCAUCGGUCCGCCGGAGUCCAGAACCGCGUGGGGGUCUUCAAUCAUCCGAAUCCAAAUUCCGAAUCCGAGAAUCCGAUUGAUCAGCCGGCGGCUUACCUCAACCGAUAACGUGAAUUUGAAUGCAAAUGUGAAGCGUUCGUCACGCGGCCAAAAAUACAAAUAAACAAAUACAAAUGUAUCAAAUUUAAAAUACGAAAAUACAAUGAAAAUGUGAACGAGUGGCCGCAGCACUUAUAAAGUAUCCAAUUAAAUAGGACUCCUCACAUAAUACAACAAUAAUAAAAAAUACUUACCUGGCAAUAAAAAUAAUAACGGCUUUAUGUCAAUUAAACAAUGCGGAAUGUUUUGAUAUGAAAACGGAGGACUGCGCAGGAAAGCGAUUGCAUUAAUUGAUACAAUGACAACAGUUGGCGUUUACCAGUGGCCCACAAGCUCCAGUUUCUGCUGCUGCUCCUGCGCUUGUUCCUGGGAUAUGGAAGGAUAUGGAAGGGAUUAGGCAGGCUGUUGCCAGGGAUAGUACUAGUCGAUAGCGGACUCAUGGCUGUCAACCUGCAGCUGAAUAACUUAAGCGCCAUAUAUCCAUCGCUCAUGUAUGUGGCCGCCUCCUCCCUGCGGGGAUUGGCACUGGGAUCGGGAUCGGGAUUGGGAUCGGGGCAGCCGGAGAACAUAUCCAUCGUUUACGAGGAUGCCAGUGCGAAUGCCAAUGUGAAUUCGACCAAUGGGACAGCUGGCGGCGCGGAUGCGACGGAACCCGGACCCACAGCACCAGUGACCACAUUCAAUUACUACAAUGAGUCGGCGGCGGCGGCCGAGUGGGAGCACUUCUACGACCUGGUGCUGUCCUGGCAGGGCAUCAUCCUGAUUGCCGUAUUCGCCACCUUCAUCGUGGUGACCGUCAUCGGGAAUACGCUGGUCAUACUGGCCAUAUUGACCACGCGCCGACUCCGCACCAUCACCAACUGCUUUGUGAUGAGUCUGGCCGUGGCCGAUCUGCUCGUGGGCAUCUUCGUGAUGCCCCCCGCCGUUGCCGUUCAUCUCACAGGCUCGUGGCAACUGGGUUGGGUGCUGUGCGACAUUUGGAUCUCCCUCGACGUCCUCCUCUGCACGGCCUCCAUUCUCAGCCUGUGCGCCAUCAGCGUGGACAGAUAUUUGGCCGUGACCAGGCCGCUCACGUACUCGCGUAAACGGCGCUCGAAGCGAUUGGCCCUAAUCAUGAUCCUAAUCGUCUGGCUACUGGCCCUGGCCAUCACCUGUCCCCCCAUCCUGGGUUGGUACGAGCCUGGACGAAGGGACCUGCGGGAGUGCCGGUACAACCAAAACGAGGGCUACGUCAUCUUCUCGGCCAUGGGCUCCUUCUUCAUACCCAUGGCAGUCAUGAUUUAUGUGUAUGCAAGAAUUUCCUGUGUCAUUGCAUCCCGGCACGACAAUAUGACCGACAUAAGUGUUCACAACAAGAAAUUCAAGCGCUACACGGCGGCGGACGUGGAGAACGAGCUGUCGGAGGUGGAGCAGGGCAGCACGAUGGGCCAGGGACCGGUACAGGGACAGGGACAGGGACAGGGACAGGGACAGGGACAGGGACAGGGACAGGGACAGCGCCAGAGGCAGGCCACCUCGCGCACCUUCUCCAACCAGACGAUAGCCAAGGAGCUGCACGACAUGAUGCUGAGCGACAGCGACAAUUGUGCUCCGGGAGGAGCUAGUGCCACCACUGGAGGGAACCCAACACACACCCACACCCACUGUCAAUCUCUGCUUGCAUUGCCCUCCGGCGGAGGAGGAACUGGCGGAGCUGAUCCAACGGGCUGUGCCAAGAGUGGGUGCUACGAACUCACUCGACCCUCCUCGCUGAAGCGCACUUCCACGGCCUCGUCGACCAUCACCACCAUGACCAGUGGCAUGGGGCCGGGCAGCAGUCUCCUAGACGCCCAGUGGCAAUCCCAGCCGCCGGGUCACAGUCAAUCCCUAUUACAGCCGCCGCGUCCACACAGCUUUCGGCAUUCACAUGGGGACAGGGAAAGGGAUCGGGAUCGGGAGCGUUUGAGGAGCAGCCAUCACCACCAUCCUCAUUAUCAUCACCAGGCGAGUGUGACGGCCACCAGUGGCAACCAGACCAGUGGCAGUGGCAGUGCCAGUGCCAGUGCCAACACCAACAGCAAGUCCCUGUCCAAUCGGAUUACGUCGCUGAAGAAGGAGAACAAGACGACGCAGACACUGAGCAUUGUGGUGGGCGGCUUCAUCGCCUGCUGGCUGCCGUUCUUCAUCAACUACCUGAUCACCCCGUUUCUGGCCGAGCACCAGGCCAGCCAAAUGCUGGCCAAGGCUUUGACAUGGCUGGGCUGGUUCAACAGUGCCAUCAACCCGUUCAUCUACGCCUUCUACAGCGUCGACUUCCGGGCGGCCUUCUGGCGCCUCACCUGCAAGCGAUUCUUUAGCGCCGGCCAGAAGCCGCAGUUCCCCACGAACACGAUGUCCAUCAGGCGAUAGGGGGGAACCCCCUUACCAUCCAUCCUCACCCCCCUAUUACAGACCUGUACAAACUGCCCGCGCAUAACGUAUUAUUAACGUAUUCAUUAACUUAAGGCGAGGUGUGGUCCGUACGCAAUUACACCGCCAUACCACACGUCCACCCAAUUCUCUGGUUCUCUAGUUUCUCGCAUAUAUUUAAUUUCAACUUCAGGGUUUGCUUCCGAUUCUGUAUCAAUUUGCCACUUAAGGGACGACUUUCGCCCACCACGAAUUCCACUGGUUUCAGUUGACCUUCAGAAACUGCCUGGCAUCCAUAAAAAGAGACCACAGUUGAACUUCUUUAAGCCCAACACUUGCAAUCAUUUAGAAAUUGUAUCUUUUUUAAAGGAGAAAAUAAUUCAUUGGCUUAAGUAUCUCAGGUUCUAAAUUUUACUUAAUAAUUUAGGCAAUUAUUUAGAAGAUAAUCUUAUUAAUUUGAAAAACUAAUUAGUUGCUUAAAACAUCUCAGGUUUUUAUUACACUUUAGAAUUACCCUAAGCCUUUUAAAGGAUGUAUUUCAUUAUUUAUUUAUUUAGUUAAAGAUUGUUCUAUAAAGGCCUUAAGACAUGGACAUAAUUAAGCCAAAAAGUGCAAAAUGUAGACCUUUAUAGUUUGGGAAAACAAUAUGAAUUAAGGUCUUAAUCGAAAGGUUAUCAUAGAUAUAUGUAAGAAGAAAAACCUCAGCUAUUGAGUUAUGAAGAGUUCACUUCCGUUAGACAAAAUUGACUUAGAGAAGUUAGACUCACGGAAGUUCAACUGUAUAAAAAUAACAUAUAUGCGACUGCAGGCCACGACGACUUGAAGGUAUUUUUGCAGGCGGAAUUUUGCAUGCGAAGCCCGUGGAAAAUCUGAUAUGCGGCAGCACGUAUCGAUUUAGUAAUUUCCGCCCGACUUUUCCGCUCAGCGGGCGGCGCCUUUAAAAUGGCAACAUUGCCUUGGAUGUUGGCUUUUUGCUGGGGCGCCAGGACAACCCGACUUGGCCAGUGGCACAGACAGUUUAGAUGGAUGAGAAAACUUGUUUAUAUGGUUGGCCGAAAUAGCGCUCAUUGCUCAUACGCUGAAAUUCAGCCGCGUGCUUGUGGUGGGCGGUUACCUUUCGGUCCGCUCGAGUACUGCAUUCCCUUUGCCAAUUUGCGAUGCAGCUGCUCCCUAUCGCACUUGAAUUUAGCGCUAUAUGCUAUCUAUAUCAUAUAGUUGAUAUCAGGGCAUCAUAAACGCCGGAGAUAGUAGUUGAUUGAUUUACAUACCUGACAUAGGUACUGAAAUCAGUGGAAACCUUUGGGUGGAUCAAGUCGAGAAAUAGCUUUAAUCAGCUUUAUCGGAAUGCCAGUCAAAAACAGUUACUGUGAUUUAGUUUAUAGUUGAAGUCGCCUGGAACUUCAAGAGUUUUCCUUUAGCCUUAAUACCGUGUGUGUGUGAGUGUGUGUGUGUGUGACGAAGUGAAAGCGUAUGUGUGAUUGAGGUUUAAUACCGUAUAUAAUUUAAGACAUAAUUUAUUCAGGCCAUCAACAGCUUAGCUAACCCAAGUAGGAAUAAAUGUCGUGUUGUACCAAGCAAUCUACUUUUAACUCCAUCCAUUGCCGGCGGUGUGUGAAGUCAUAAACGCAAUCAAGCAAUGCUACGACAUAGAGAUUAAGUCAGACGAACGCUCAUCAGCAUGCGAACACGUAUACGCACUGUAGCUCAUCCCAGUUCAUCCUUUUUGCGAGAGGCUUUCAAUCGGUGGCUUCAAUCCUUCUGAAUUUCUGCGCACAUGUCAGGCCUAGCAAGUCAAACAGAUACAGAUACAGAUACAGAUACAGAUACAGAUACAGAUGCUCCGGGUGAGAGGUCUUCCGACCCGUCGGAAAAGCAAACACGGCGGAUGGAGUUCAUCAUCGCAAGCCCGUCUAUCAACUCUCAACUCUCAUCACUUAACUCUCUACUCUCAACCCAACUGAUAUCACAUACAUAAUCCGCAUAAUCUGCAUAUAUAUUAAUAGUUGUGUGUACGAACGGAAUAUUUUUUGGAACCGAACAAAUAAAUAGACAAUUUGAAUAGUC